AUGUCUGGUAAUCCACCGUCUAUCGUUCUCCUUCCAACAUCAUCCUCAUCACCAACGCCUAAUUCUUCGGUUCCAACGAUAUCUACACAUCCAACUGUACGAUCACCGUUAAUUCUCCAUCAGCAAACGAUACAAUCGAAUGCGUCAACCCCAUAUAAAAGUGUUGUUGUCAAACCGUUUCGAGAAAGUAUUCAACAAGCUUUAACAACCGCAAGUGGUGAUGGGCAACCGAUUGUUUUAAAAUCAAAUGAUUAUCUCGAAUCUCAUCAACCAAAUAAACGUCUUGCUCUUGAUUCAUCGGAUAUAAAUAAUUCUAACAUAACAUUUUCAUCUAUAUCAAAUACUCUCUCACUUGCAACAGUAAUUCCACAAUCAUCGCCACACUCAACGCUACGCCUUGUCACUCCAUCGACAAUUAUCAAUUCCAAUGAACUAUCAACAAUACAAACAUCUGGUCAACAAAUUUUACUUCAACAACGUGGUAAUCUUGUCAUCACUCAACCGAUUGUUACAUUACAAGUUCAGCCAGAUCCAAAUUUAGCUCAAAAAGAAAAUCAUACAAAUACUAUACUCUUUCCUACAGAUCAAUCCCAAACAAAUACCACCAGAAUAUCAACUACAGAACAUCUACCAGUUCAAUACCAGCGGAAACCAUGUAAUUGUACGAAAUCAAUGUGCCUGAAACUUUAUUGUGAUUGCUUUGCCAAUGGACUUAAUUGUCAAAAUUGUGCAUGUCUCAACUGUCACAAUGACGCAAGACAUGAAGAAGAACGUACAAAAGCGAUCAAUGCCACUCUCGAACGUAAUCCCAACGCCUUUAAAUCCAAAAUGUAUAAAUUUGCAAACACUACAACUGUUCAACCCGAUCGACCUCUGAAGGGGUGUAAUUGCAAAAAAUCCAGUUGUCACAAACGAUAUUGUGAAUGUUAUGAAUCUAGAGUACCUUGUACAAAUUUAUGUAAAUGUAUUGGUUGUAAGAAUACGGAACAAUCAGUACAUCCGCUGAAUAUCGGUUUUUAUCGUUCUGGUCAACCAAAAACAACGACACAGACUCCACUGGAUCAAAUACCUCGGACUGGACCUCCAACAGAGACUUCUAUUCCAAACAAUGUUUUCAAUAUGGAAGUAACUGAAGCAUUGGCUACUUGUUUGUUAGUCACCGGUCAACAGUGUGAAAUGAAUCCAACGAGUGACCUUGAUACUCAACAGACUAUUCUGAAAGAAUUUCAACGAUGCAUGCAUCAAAUUGUACGAUCAGCACUCGGACGUCCUCCUCUACCAUCAACGGCAUCAUUUGAUUGA